AUGAAAUGCAGUGAUGUGAUUUGCAGAGGAGGAGGAGAAGAAGGAAUGGCUUACAUGUGUGCAGACAGUGGGAACCUCAUGGCCAUUGCGCAGCAAGUUAUCAAGCAGAAGCAGCAACAAGAACAACAGCAACAGAAGCAGCAGCAGCAACACCAUCUUAAUCCUCUCUCUCUCCACCCAAUUCCAUGGAACAACACUCCCCCUCUAGGCUACCCUCUACCUCCCACAGACUUCCCCGACCCCUUCCAACCCGAUCCCCCAUUCCACUUCCCGGACCCUCACUCAGCCCCUCCCCCCGCCCCCUUCCGCUUCUCCGAUUUCGACUCCGACGACUGGAUGGACUCCCUCAUCGCCGCCGCCGACACCCCCUCCUGGCACACCAAUGCCGAUUUCCCCUUCCCAUCCGAUCUCAACCGCCUCAUCUUUCCCUCCUCCGACGCCGCAACCGCAACCGCCACCGCCUCACUCCCCCUCCAACCAACCCCUCCCCCGGCGCCGCAGGACCCCGUCAACACCACCCUCUCCUCCGAAGCCGACUCCGCCCACCCGCUCCUCAAAGCCCUAACCGAGUGCGCCUCCCUGGCGGAGUCCGAACCGGAUCAGGCAGCGGAAUCCCUAACGCGUCUCAGAAAAUCCGUAUCCCAACACGGGAACCCCACUCAGCGUGUGGCCUUCUACUUCUGCGAAGCCCUCGCCCGUAAAAUAUGGGCCGAGAAAGAGAAGGCCGAGCCCAACACCGGAACGACUUCGGAGGAGUUAACACUCGCUUACAAAGCCCUCAACGACGCUUGCCCUUACUCCAAGUUCGCACACUUAACCGCCAACCAGGCCAUCUUAGAAGCCACCGAGGGCGCCUCCAACAUCCACAUCCUCGACUUUGGCAUCGUCCAAGGGAUUCAAUGGGCCGCGCUCUUGCAGGCCUUCGCCACUCGCUCUUCCGGAAAGCCCAACAAGAUCAAAAUCUCCGGGAUUCCCGCCAUCGCUCUCGGCGUCUCGCCCGGCCCAUCUCUCUCCGCCACCGGCAACCGCCUCUCCGAGUUCGCCAAACUCCUCGACUUGAACUUCGAGUUCGCGCCUAUUCUCACUCCCAUUCACGACCUCGACCGCAACAGCUUUUGCAUUCACCCAGACGAGGCCUUGGCCGUCAACUUCAUGCUCCAGUUGUAUAACCUCUUGGAUGAGCCUCCAACCGUCGUCGACACCGCCCUCAGGUUGGCCAAAUCUCUCAACCCCAAAAUCGUCACCCUUGGUGAGUAUGAAGCCAGCUUGACACGCGUCGCCUUUCUCAACCGCUUCAAGACUGCGUUUAACUACUUCUCUGCUCUCUUCGAGUCCCUCGAGCCCAACUUGCCCGCAGACUCGCCGGAGAGGUAUCAGGUCGAGAGUCUUCUCCUCGGACGCCGAAUCGCCGCGGUCGUUGGCCCUGGGCCCGUUAGGGAGAGCAUGGAGGCAAUGGAGCAGUGGAGGGUUCUCAUGGAGCGUGCUGGCUUUGAGUCCGUCAGUCUCAGCCAUUAUGCAAUUAGUCAAGCCAAGAUACUUCUUUGGAAUUACAGUUACAGUUCUCUGUUUUCGCUGGUUGAAUCUAAACCACCGGGGUUCUUGUCUCUGGCUUGGAAAGAUGUUCCUCUCCUGACUGUCUCCUCGUGGCGUUAA